UAAGCGAAUCGGAGCAUUUUUAAGUAUGAUCCGUUUGCUUCCAGAGUCUGAUUGGAAAACGCUUUGAAUUUUUCGUUCGCUUAGACCCUAGUCUGGGACCACCACCAGCCGUACUUUCUCACAAAAUCAAAAAUUCUAAGCUAGCAGCCCACUCAGCAAUCCAACCUGGAAUUUGACUGAGGAAAUUUCCAAUUUCGACCACAACCGUAAAAACACCCAACCCUUCCAUCGUCAUCCGCACUCCACGAACGAACCUCACAUCCCUCAGACAAAAUGACGAAGCGCACAAAGAAGGUCGGUGUUACCGGAAAGUACGGUACCAGAUACGGUGCCUCGCUCCGAAAGCAGGUCAAGAAGAUGGAAAUCACCCAGCACGCCAAGUACACCUGCACAUUCUGCGGCAAGACCUCCGUCAAGCGUCACUCCGUUGGUAUCUGGGACUGCAAGUCGUGUGGAAAGACCGUCGCCGGAGGAGCCUACACUGUCUCGACCGCUGCUGCGGCUGCCAUGCGAUCAACGCUGCGAAGAUUGAGGGAGAUCCAGGAGGUUUAGACGUGAUGCGAGGGGGAACGGCUAUUUUCUUUGCAUUUGGCUUCGGUGUACGGGAACACGGAAUUUUCUACGCAAACCAUGAAAGGUCAUGACGACGAUCGAUGAAUUCCCUUAGUGGGCAUCAGUGAGAUCGCCUACGGAUCAUCGAUCAUAACCAAAUGCCAACAAGAAUUACUAUGAACAAAACAUCCUGAUUGUCGGAGUCGCAUUGCACGGCCCGGCUUUAUCUAAUAAUGCUCUUCUGUGAAACCUGCUUCUCAAUAUUGCCUAAGGACUCAUCAUCUAGACUUUAUCGUCGGAUCUACGCUUUUCGAAUCAUUGAUUCGAUCGAGUUGGCGAGGAUCGCUUUAAUUGACUAUCUUAGGCAUCUACCGCCGUUCGAGACGUCGACUGACCUUGCGCGACUUAGCACG